UAUCAUCUCGAUUGUUUAGCUGUUGUUAUCAGGCUUAUGCAACAUGCCACUUAAACCCAAUAUUGCCCCUGGCCGCCUUUGGACUCGAUUGAUAGCUGUUGACUUUGCUGUGGAAUUUUAAUGAGUGGAGUCUGCUCAUUGAUAUUUCAACAAGAUUGAAUCCUCAGCUAAUCAAUCAAUCUCUCAACAAGAAAAUCAAUCAAAUGGAUCGGCAAAUGAUGAAGUACUUGUUCAUAUUUCGAGACCAACUACCUACGACAGAUGCUUUCUGGCUUAUGAUCCUCUUCCUUGUCUUAGCAACGCCUUUGUUAGUGUUGCUGAAAAGAAGAAAGAACAGAAAAAGUUGGAGAUUACCUCCAGGUCCCAAAAAGCUUCCCAUCAUUGGAAAUUUACACCAACUUGGCGGUGACCUGACAUCUCGUUCACUUCUCAAGCUUUCUAAUAAACACGGACCUCUAAUGUUCCUCCAGUUAGGCUCCAUUCCGACUUUGGUGAUUUCCUCUACCGAUAUAGCAAAAGAAAUCUGCAAAAGCCAUGAUAUUGUAUUUUCUGGCAGGCCUGCAUUAUAUGCUGCGGAGAAGAUCUGUUAUGGGUGCCAGGAUAUAACUUUUGCUCCUUAUGGUGAUUACUGGAGGGAGAUUAGGAAGAUAUCAAUAUUAGAACUGUUGAGUCCAAAGAGAGUUGCAUCAUUCAGAUCUGUGAGGGAAGAAGAAGUAUCGAUCGCCAUGGAUUUUAUCCGCAAAGCUUCAGCUACUACAAAGGUUCCUAUUAACAUAACUGAAAUGAUGUUUUGCGUCAUAAAUGAUGUUAUCUGUCGAUCUGCUUUUGGUCGGAAAUUCGGGCAUGGUGGAGGUACGCUUCGCAGUAUUCUUCAAGUAACCACUGACAUGCUAGCCGGGGCCAAGACUGCAGACAUCUUCCCAUGGAUGAGUUGGAUCCACAAGUUCGAUGGAGUAGACACAAAAAUAGAGGAAAAUGUUCAAGAAUUGGAUAGUUUUUAUGAGAGUGUAAUAGACGAACACCUCGAACCCCAGAGGCCCUGCCCUGAAUUUGAAGACUUUGUUGACGUGCUGCUUCGGCUUCAAAAUGACCCUGAUCAGCAUAUCUUGUCCAGCAGAGAUCAAAUUAAGGCACUCCUCACGGACAUGUUCUCUGCUGGGACCGAUACGUCUUCUUCGACACUGGUGUGGACAAUGACAGAACUAAUCAAAAACCCAACAGUGAUGAAGAGAGCACAGGAGGAAGUGAGAAGCAUUCUUGGCGAUAAGGACAUGGUAGAAGAAAUUGAUCUUCCCAAGCUAAACUACUUGAAAUCUGUAGUAAAAGAGACGCUGCGGCUUCACGCUCCAGUUCCAUUACUAGUUCCAAGGGAAACUACAGAUAACUGCACAAUAAAUGGAUACGGGAUCCCGGCAGAAACAAGGGUGAUUUUUAAUGCAAAAGCCAUUGCAAUGGACUCAAAGUUUUGGGAUGAACCAGAAGAGUAUCGACCAGAAAGAUUCAUGAUUAAGAACAUUGAUUUUAAAGGAGUACAAGACUUUGAGAUGAUACCGUUUGGGAUAGGGCGCAGGAGUUGCCCUGCUAUUAACUUUGCUUUGGUCGUAAUUGAGCUUGUUCUUGCAAACCUUCUGCAUCAGUUUGACUGGGAAAUGCCCAUUGGUAUGAUAAAAGAAGAGAUUGAUAUGCAAGAAGCUCCAGGGAUUACAGUGCACAAGAAAUUUCCACUUUUCCUGGUCGCUACUGCUGCUAAUGUAGAUCGCAGUGCAUAAAAUCCCAAGGGAGAUUGAUGCAGCUCAGGGAAGGGCUUUCUAGUUGUAAGAAUGCGUAAUUCAGUAAAGGGCAUAAGAAUCUUUAAUUCUGCAAUUCAGUUAAAUUCACGAAUUUUAUUGGCAA